AUGCGCAUCGCGCUCCCCCUCCUUGCGUUCGUGUCCGUCCUCGUCGCCGCCGCCCCCGACAUGGAGAAGCGCUUCACAAAGGCGGCGGUCAAGACUCGGAGGCCCAUGCCCACUGGUAUCAGGGUCCCCGCCCCGCCGGCGGUCCAGACGCCCGCACCCGCGCCCGUGCGCGCUAUUGGUGCGCCUGCCGCUGGUGCAGGUGCAGGGCUCCGACUUGCGCUCCAGGAGUUGUCGAUCAGAUCAAUUAUUCGGGAUGCAACAUAUUAG